AUGGUGUGUGUGUGUGGGGGGGGGGGGGCGUCCCUGGGCAUCUCACCAGCCUGUGUGCAAAGAUGUGGAGACGGCGAGGAAAUGUGUGCUAUCAAAAAGACACGUUGCUUGGUGCAGCAGAGAAAGGAGGAAACAUGCUUAAUGGCUGCUGUGUAUUUUAAGGCCUUCGCCACAGGGCAGCACAGACGAGCCUGCACCUUGUUAGAGGGUUGUGUUUGUGAGUCCGGGCCAUGGGAAAGCCAAGCGCACAACUUCAGAGUUUAUGUUCUCUGGGGACAGGGGUGGACACACAACAGUGGAUCAGUGGAUUUCAUGUUUGCAUGGCAAGAAUGUCUGUCUGUCCUUCUGUGUGUGUGUGUGUGUGUGUGUGUGUGUGUGUGUGUGUGUGUGUGUGUGUGUGUGUGUGUGUGUGUGUGUGUGUGUGUGUGUGUGUGUGUUUGUCCGUCCGUCUGUCUGUGUCUGUCUGUUUGUGUCUCUCCGUCUGUCUGUCUGUCUGUCUGUCUGUCUGUCUGUCUGUCUGUCUGUCUGUCUGUCUGUCUGUCUGUCUGUCUGUCUGUCUGUGUGUGUGGGCAUGCGUGUCUGUCCGUCCGUCCGUCCGUCCGUCCGUCCGUCCGUCUGUCUGUCUGUCUGUCUGUCUGUCUGUCUGUCUGUGUGGGCGUGCGUGUCUGUCUCUCUGUCUGUCUGUCUGUCUGUCUGUCUGUCUGUCUGUCUGUCUGUCUGUCUGUGUGGGUGUGUCUGUCUGUCUGUCUGUCUGUCUGUCUGUCUGUCUGUCUGUCUGUGUGGGUGUGUCUGUCUGUCUGUCUGUCUGUCUGUCUGUCUGUCUGUCUGUCUGUCUGUCUGUCUGUCUGUCUGUGUGGGCGUGUCUGUCUGUCUGUCUGUCUGUCUGUCUGUCUGUCUGUCUGUUUGUCUGUCUGUCUGUCUGUCUGUCUGUCUGUCUGUCUGUCUGUCUGUCUGUCUGUCCGUCCGUCCGUCCGUCCGUCUGUCUGUCUGUCCGUGGGACUAAACAAUGGUGAUGCCACAGUCUGAUCCCGCCUGCUGCCGUGUGGGCGUGUGGCACCGUCCGGCCCAGCGCCCGCGGUCGUCUCGCCUCCAGCCAGGUGCGACGUCGGCCCAGCAGGCAGAGACUCCAGCUGUUCUCUGUGCCUCCAGUCCAGAUGUGCUAAGCUAAACAGACCAAAAGAAGACUGGAAACCAUCUUCUCGCCUGCGUGACCUUUGUAAGGCACCAGGACAAGUACAUCUACCAAACAGCUGAUCGGAAGAGGGAUUGGCGGCAAGUUUCAUCCCAGAUGUGCCUUUGACAGCCAAGCUCUGACAUUUUACCCCUGACCCCCCCCCCCCCCCCCCCCCCCCCCCCCCCCCCCCCCCCACCACCACCACCAAGACGGAGCCGAAGGACGGCUUCCAAAGCGAGGUCGCCGCAGUCAGCGCCGCGCGGGCGAGACCGAGGGCCGAACGGAGCGGAUGAAGGGAGGCGGGGUCCGGGCGACGAGCUGGGGGGACGGGGGACAGCCGUUACUGUCACACUCCAUCAGGGAGCCCAGGGGUGACAUGGGAGCGGGCCAGACGGGAGGCGCAGAGCGAGGAGGAGGAGGAGGAGCAGGGAGUCGCCCCGUCACUAGUCACCCCUCAGCCUCCGCUUCGCUGCUCAGACUCCUCUUCACCGCUCCCUCUCUGCAUCUGGGCUGGAUGCAGAUGUGCAACCCUGCAGCUGCCAGUUCUGAUUCACUUUCACCACCUCAACAUCAGCUAAAUUGAUGAAUAAAUCCUCACACCAACCACAAGUUCACCUUGGGUGAAGAAUCACGACAUGAUCUUUCACUGUCAGAAAAUACCAAUAAAGCUGAGGUUUUUGUAAAACUUCGCUCGGCUCACGUUUAAGUGGACGCAGCUGUUGUCCCUGAACUGCGCUGCACCUUCUCCCAGAGAUAAUAACAUCCCUGGGUCGACACAGAUAAUGACGCCGUCUGCUCACUUGUCUCUGAGUCAAAAAAAGAAAGAGGCUUUCCUGCUGCUGACGGCUGCAGCCCAGACAUAAAUAUUGGUGUGUCUGGGCAGAGAAAGCUGCGCGGCUGCUGCUGCGGCCGCGCAGCUUUCUCCAGACGCCGCUGCACCCAGGUGUAAACACUGGGAGCGGCGGCGGACGGAGCAGAACUUAGGAGUGACUCUGCAGUAAGUCAGAGGAGUCCAAAGCCUUUCUCGUCUCAAACACCUCCACCAAACAAUCCAGCGCCAAGAACUGGAUUUUCAUCAGACCGUGAACCUUGUUUAAUUCGAUUUUUUAAAAUGACGCUUUGGAAUCACAUCUAAGGUGUCGGUGGUAAAUAUAACCUGGUACAGGUUAUAUAACUGUGAAGGGAUGCCAGCGGGAUGAGGAACAAAGCAGCUCUCGCCGGGUUCAUGUGUAGAUGUUGUGUUUAAAGAGCACAACACAGAUUAGCUUCCGUCCAUCGUCCUAACGAGGCCGACUGGAGGUGCAGGUGCUAGCGGAGAGCCAGGUAACACCCUGCUCCCUGACGCCCGCUUCCAUCCACCUCUGCUUUUUUACGUGAAGAAAACCUGAGACCACAAAUAGGUGUGUGGUGAUCAGGAGACUCUGACCUCUCAUCUCAUCUCAUCUCAUCUCAUCUCAUCUCAUCUCAUCUCAUCUCAUCUCAUCUCAUCUCAUCUCAUCUCAUCUCAUCUCAUCUCAUCUCAUCUCAUCUCAUCUCAUCUCAUCUCAUCUCAUCUCAUCUCAUCCCAUCAGUGCCCUGUUAUUCGUCACAUCUUCUCUGCCGCAAGCUUAUCUUCAACAAAGUUCUAAAGAUGGAAACAGAGGGGAUGCAAACACACAGUCAGUGGUGAUUUUUCUAUUUAUAUCAAAAUCUGGACAAUGACAAAAAAGCUCCCCUGUAAAACAAGCUUUGAUAUGUUAUUUAUGCAUUUGCCAGCAAAUAUAAACACAGAGCUGCCUCCUUAAUGGUAAGAUAACAAGAUCACAAAGUGAAAUGGAUCUUCUGAAUCCAGUUAGGAAAUCAGUCCUUCUGCGCACUUUAAACAAACAUAAGUAAUUGCAGCCUGGGCUCUGCUACGUCGAUAAUGUUUCAGUGCCGAAGAGGCCGUUGGCAAACGGUGGACUCAAUCUGGGUCACACAACACUGAUAAAGUAGCCUUGUUUAAACACAGUCAGUACAGCAGACAACCAAAAACAUACUGUACUGUUCACUGUGUGUGUGACGGAAAGACUAAACCAGCCGGUAACAAACAAACACACACACACACACACACACACACACACACACACACACACACACACACACACACACACACACACACACACACACACACACACACACACAGAGAACCAGUGUGAACCAGACAGACAGGUCCUUGUGCACAGAGAGUACUUCAUCACCAAGAAGGGUGUGUAAGACAGGGAGUGCCCCGAAACACACACACACUCACACACGCCAGACAAAAACAAAUGUGAAAGUACAGGGUUAAAGUCGGUAGAACAAACACUAAGCAGAGUCACAUGUGUUUACACAGUUGAAAAAAAACACAGUAUAUCCCAUUAUUGCAUAAUGUGCAAACAAAGGCCACAAGCUGAGGUUGUAAACACUGUGUCAUUAUUUAUUUUCCUCAAUGGACAGAUCAGUUCUAAUACUGUUGUGGUCUGGUUUGUGUAUAUCUUUUUGUGAUUUGGGAGAUUUUUCAUUUUCAAUAAAAAGCAUAUUUUAAACCG